AACUGCUAACCCGGAAGCGGUCGGCAGUGCGGCGCUGUUUAAAGAUGGCGGCGGAGGAACCUCAGCAGCAGAAGCAGGAGCCGCUCGGCAGCGACUCCGAAGGUGUUAACUGUCUUGCUUAUGAUGAAGCCAUCAUGGCUCAGCAGGACCGAAUUCAGCAAGAGAUUGCUGUGCAGAACCCUCUGGUCUCGGAGCGGCUGGAACUUUCGGUCCUGUACAAGGAGUAUGCUGAGGAUGACAACAUCUAUCAACAGAAGAUCAAGGAUCUCCACAAAAAGUACUCGUACAUCCGCAAGACCAGGCCUGAUGGAAACUGCUUCUACCGAGCUUUCGGAUUCUCGCACUUGGAGGCGCUGCUAGACGACAGCAAGGAAUUGCAGCGGUUUAAGGCGGUGUCUGCCAAGAGCAAGGAGGACCUGGUGUCCCAGGGCUUCACUGAGUUCACAAUCGAGGAUUUCCACAACACGUUCAUGGACCUGAUCGAGCAGGUGGAGAAGCAGACCUCCGUGGCCGACCUGCUGGCCUCCUUCAACGACCAGAGCACGUCGGACUACCUGGUGGUGUACUUGCGGCUGCUCACGUCUGGCUACCUGCAGCGGGAGAGCAAGUUCUUCGAGCACUUCAUCGAGGGCGGGCGGACGGUCAAGGAGUUCUGCCAGCAGGAGGUGGAGCCCAUGUGCAAGGAGAGCGACCACAUCCACAUCAUCGCGCUGGCGCAGGCCCUCAGCGUCUCCAUCCAGGUGGAGUACAUGGACCGCGGCGAGGGCGGCACCACCAACCCGCACAUCUUCCCCGAGGGCUCUGAGCCCAAGGUGUACCUCCUCUACCGGCCAGGACACUACGAUAUCCUCUACAAAUAGGGCCGGCGCCGGCGUGCCCCGGCCCCGCCUGCCCUCCCCUCUGCCAGGCGCUAGACAUGUACAGAGGUCUUCUGUGGUUGUAAAUGGUCAUAUUUCACUCCCCCCUACCCCCGCCCCAUCACGCAACCUUCCACGUUUUAUUAAAGGGGAUGCUGGUGGUGAGCCGCGUGUGUGCGUGUCCCUGCUCUGCUGCUGCCUGCCUGGCCGCUGUGUGUCUGGCUGUCCCCCUGCCGCCCCCUGUCCACACCCGAGCCCCCCCACCAGGAGCAGUUUUGAGGGGGCUAGGCCUCUUGGGGACCCCUCCUGGUUACCUGCUUCCUUCCCUUCAGGCACCCAGGCCUCCCUUCCUCUCCUUAGCUGGCUCAGGGGCUUCCACAAGAAUCUGGGAGGUUCUUUGGGGCCUUGCCCAGGGACCUAGGACUUGGGCUAGCCCAAGCUUCAGGCUGCUCCCUCCUAGGCCCUGACUCCACCAAACUGUCCUGCUCAGGGCCCCCAACCUGACUGCCCGCCCUCCCCUCGGGGGUCUGCCUAGCCCAGCCCUGGGUGGAGAGAACUGAAACUGUGGGGCCCGGUUCAGGAAAGGUGGUGAGGCUCGGGCACCCCCAUGGACCCCGCGAAUGGUACCCACCUGGCUGGGGAGGGGCAGCCUUCAAGCCGGCGCUUGGUCCGUGGUCCUGAGGUCGAGGCAGGGCUUUGCCAGGCGCCGUUCCUCCCCACCUCUCCCCCUGCCUGUGCCUGCUUUGCACCCCCUUUGCUUGGGCCACGGUGUCUCUGCAUUGCCUUCCUUUUUGCCUUUACCUCUUCUCUUCCUCCACCCCAGCACAUGUGGGCUCUUGGCCCCCAGGCUGUGAGCUCCUUGGGGGCAGGCCCUCAAUAAAUGUUAAGUGCUGCCGCCCA